CGGCUGGAGCCCAGAAUGGCUGCCCGUGCGUGCUGGCCGCAGUCGGUUCGCUUUAGUCGAGGCGCAACGCCCGAAGAAGAAACACCAUUCGAGAAAACAGAACCCACGGAGCACUGUGGACCGGGCUCAGACAAGGAGAACAAAAACAUACCUACCAAACUAGUGCAGCAGCAACAGCAACAACAACAACAAUAGGUACGGUUCGGUCGAAGCGUGCGUGAUAAAGACGGAACGAGAGCGCAGUGAGAGUGUGAGACAGAGAGCGCGCAUUCGCGUACGGUGUUCGGUAUCGGGUAACGAAGAAACAGGACAGUAACAGUAAGAUUUCAGCACCCCAGUGUGUCAGCGAUUCGAGCCGUACAGAGCAGCAGCAACAGCAGCAAGGAAAACCGUGAACCGAGAAGAACCGUCACCGCCGUCGUCCUCGACGUUGUCGUUCUAAGUGUGGCAAGAAUUGAACCAGCCGCCGCGGGUCGCCGAGUGUGUGUGUUCGUGGGGGUAGAGAAAAUCGAUAUUAUGUGAAUGCUGUCAAAAUCAGGUCACUGUGGAUUUAAAGCAAGAGCCCGAGUGUGUGCCUGAUUGGUGGCUUUAAUGCGAGACGGUCAGCGGAAGUUUGGGUUGAGUUUUUGGCCGCAUCGGAAGCAGUGACAAGUGUGAUUUGUUGGAAUUCGACACAAAGUUUCGAAUGCAGUCGGGGACAAACCUGAAGAAAAACGAAGCAAGUGGGGGAACCGCGAGUUUCCUAGAGUGAAGACUGAGCUGAACGGAACGGUUGGAGUCGGGGAAGGAGAGAUUGCGAGGAAGCAGUUGAUCGAAUCUCAUACUUCCGGCGGCGAGGAGCAUCGUUCUCAAACUCAUCAGCACCAUUUCAUUUCGCCAAGACUGAGUUGUAGUAGCCAAUUCAAGUCCCGCAGCAGACUCGGGGAAAGCGGAGCUGAAGACGAAGAAAAAUCGCAGCAGCAGCAGCAGCAGUUGAAAUUUUCUUUGUGGAUUAAUGUUCCUGAAAAAAGUGUGAAAAAUCUAGUUGUUGGGGAGUUUGGGGAAGAAUUCGCAGCAUAUCGAGAGGAAGUUGGUGCCAAAUGGUUGAAAAGCAUUGAAGAAAAUAAGUGAAGGCACUAGUGUGAUACAGGGGAAGUGAAAAUUCCAAUGAAAAGUGAUAGAAGAGUGGAAUAGACGUCGUUAGCCCAUAGCGAGUGGUCUCGUUACCACGUCGGGGUGCAACGUUGGAGUGGAGAAAAUUCAGCAGCGCAAACACCAUCAUCAACACUGGCAGCAGGAUGGCGAUGGCAGCGUGCUAUCCAAACUACGACCUGUCCUCGUCGGCCGGGAUCGGGCAUCAGCAGCAGCAGCAGCCGUCGCAGUUGCACCAUCUGUCGAUGUCAUCGCGGUUAACGGGAGGUGCACCGUCGAUGGCCCAGAAAGACUACAGCAUACCGCUGCAUGUGGACUGUAGCGUGGAGUACGAGUUACCAAAUCAGGCCAAACCGCCGGUAGGGGCCCGAGUGGAACCGCUGUUGAUGAUUCAUCCAUGCUACUUCCGCAAGAUGGAAAGCCAGCGGCGAAGUCCUUUUAUAAACAAUAUGCCAAAUUCAUCCCGUAGUUCUAAUUCAAUUGUUGCCAAUGUUGUUGACUCGUCGUCGAUGAGCCGACGGAGCUCCAAGUCCAGUUCCCAGCAGCAGCAGCAGACACAGCAGCAACAUCAACAACAGCAGCAGCAACAGCAGCAUGCCGUUGUGACGAGCCAUCAGAGUACUAUUCAACGUCAUCAGAAUCUGCAACAGCAGAUCGAUGAAUACGUUCAACGGCAGAUGGCUCAACGGUCCCAACAGGCGCACUAUCCUGUUGGGACGAGCAGUCAACAGCAGCAGCAGCAGCAACAACAACAGUCACAACAUGUUCAAUCUCAGCAUCAUCGCCAUCAUUCUCAUCAGCAGCAGCCUCAACAGCAGCAGCAACAGCAACUUCAUCAACAGCAGUCCCAUCUGUCCAGUCAACAGCAAUCCACCAAUCAGUACAGUUUGCAGAGUCAACAACAGCAGCAGCAACAACAACUAGUAAAUACCUCAGACUGGAGCUGUUACAUGGCCCCCGACGGGGUUGUCCGGGGUUACAGGAAACCCAACCUAGCCAACCAAACUGCCUACAGCAACAGUAACAGUAGCAGUAGUAGCAGCGUCAGCAAUAACAGCAAGUCAAAAGUCAUCAAACGUAGUAACACGGGUAUGCCACCGCAGCUGACAGCCGCCGGCACUGGGGGUCAUCAGCAGCACCAGCAACAGCACCAACAGAACCUAAUAGCUGCCAGCUGUGCCGCCUUUAACAGCGGUGGAAGUGGUCUGGAGGGUGGCCUGCCUUCCGGUCCCCGGUGGGACAUCGAAAAGACUUCAAUGGCCGCGGUGCCUCGCGAUUUCCAGGCAGGUCCGGAAUCGUUACCGAUCAAAGCGAAUGCUAGUCUACUGGCCGCCGCCGCUGUUGGUUGCCAAACGGCCCCAGCCGGUACCAAUAACAACAAUAACAACAACAGCUAUCAACCGUCGGCAACGAUGUACCGAAACCCGUCGGUCGUAGGCAAACGUGAUGCUAUGCUUUCCGGAGGCUGUGGUGUAUAUAGUAAUAGUAGCAACAAUAAUAAUAACCUUAGGAACAAUAACAACAAUGGUACCGAGUUACACGGAAGUGGUGGCAGCAGUGGAAGUCUGUGGAACUCGACGGCCUCGCUGCUGGAGAAGACUCCAAUGGCAGCGAUACCGCGGGACUACCAGACCGGACCGGAACACAUGGCAUGCAGCAAGAUGUCCGCCGGGACCGGUGGCAUGCUUGGCGCCACCGCUUCCGGUCACUCGCUGAUGCGUUCCGCGGCUAGUUCCAACACGGCGCCCAGCAGUUACCAUCACAACCACCUCCAUCACCAGUCAUCAUCGUCAACGUCAUCGUCGGUGUCGUCGGCAGCGGAGAAGGCGGCCCUGUUUCCGGGCAAGUACCGGCAACAUCAGAGGGCCUCCCAUCGGCUGCACCCGUACAUGAUGACCAGCUCGAUGGGCGGCUCCUUCCCGCCGCUGAUGGCUCCAGCAUUCCCGCAGAUGCAGCAAGUGUCGUGCUACAAUGUGUGAUUCUAAGAAGAUGAAGAAAGGAAGACUCGUCAAAGAGAGAUAAAAGCCGUCGGCGAAGAAGCUUGAAGAAGAUGAAGUAAUCUAUGGAAUGAAUCAUCGCUACAGUCUCUUUGUUUGUGUCUUACGGUGACGAAGAAAAUGUUGGCAAAGUAUGGCAAAAAAUUAUAAUCGAGCAACUUUUUUCGUUGCAUUUAAAUGUGAUAGUAGUUUUACUCCAAGCAACUUCGAAAGAUAGUAAAGAAAAUAAUAAUUACAAAAUAGGAUACAAGUUAAGGGAAAUCAAGAAAAUAUCGCUAUAUAUUAAAAUAUGUGUUCCAAAGAAAGUCAAGCGAAACGUAGUGAAUACAGAAUUGACAACAACUGCAGAAAUAGAAGAAAGUUUGUAAAGCCGACGGAACGGAGCAGCGGAAGCGAAGCUAUACUGAGCGAAGUGAAGAUUGUUGAAAAGUUUAUGCAAAUGGGUGCCAGUUGUGUGUGUAGAAGAAUAUUAAAACGAAGAUUGUGAAGUUUGUGGAAACAAGCAUCGGAGAAGACACCGUUGUGGAUUACCCCUAGCAGCCGUUAAUCCGUCAUCGUCAACUUCAUCAGGCGGAGACCUGCGACUGCAUGUGAAUCCAGCAUCCGUCUCAUCAAUAUUCAGCGGUUCCCGUCGUUUCAUCGUCUCACAAGUAUGAUCCAUCACGAAGACGAUGACGACAACGGUUGUCACUGCCGCAACUAGCACCUGUUAAAGCUCCACCUCCGGCAAAUCAUGGAUUUAGUCAAACUUUGGAUCGUCAGUAGCAACCGCGAGCUCAGUUCUUCACGCUCCAACACUCAUCUCCUCGCUAACAAGAAAAAAUAUGUACACCUACACUCACUCAUACACAUUGACAAACCACACGCAGAAUCACAUUGUAAAACCCUCUUCCUAUUCGAGCAAAUAGAUAAAAAAAAAAACAAAACAAAAAACCUACAAAUAUCGAGGGAUUAGAACUGAUUACCGCCUAUAGAAAGAUAUAGAAAGAGAGAGAGAUAGAGACGACACAAAACCGAGACCAGAACGCGAGCUCUAGAAUGUAAAUGAAGACCAGACCCCUCUCCCUAUUCCCCCUACUUAUCACCGUGUGUCAUCUCCAGCCCCGAUUCAAUCGAAACAAAAGCCCGCUUUGAAGCCUACCCUCGAAUUCUAUUGUUACGUUUUCUUUUUUUUUCUAUUUUUUUAAACCUUUUUUUAAGUUUUUUUUUAUUUGCCUAGAUUUGUAUAUUGCCUUUGUUCUUGUGUAUUUUUUUGUUUUGAAAAGAAAAUCUUUUAUGUACACAUAACUCGUAUCUCAGUGAACGUUAUCCGUACACACCGUUUGCGAAAUCGCAACGUUUUCGUUACCGUGUAAUUCCGAGAAACUUUUUAAUCGCUCUCAUCUGAUUCUCCAUUUUGUUUUUGCGCCUCGUAAGUAGACAGAUGCACAGCAAACAUAACAUUUCAUACUCUCAAAAACAAAACCGCUUUGGAAGUCGAAACAAAAGUAACACACUCACAAAACUCACAUAGUCAAACAAAAAACGUAAGCUACACACCCUCUCGUUGGAAUAUUAAAAGAAAAAAAAACAGAAUCAAAUAAUCAAGCUGAGCAAAACCGAAAAAAGCAUUGUAUUACACUCAAAAUUAUACCAAAAGUAACCAGAAAAAGUAACUAUUCAGUAACAAGAAAAAGAAGUUAAAAUUUAAACGAAAACAAAAAUAUUAGUGAGAGAAAGAGAAAGUGAGAGAGACGCAGAAAAAAGAAGCAGCGGAUAAGCAAGUAGCGAAAAGCGAAGGGGAAGAGAGAGCAUAAGAAUAGGACAGGACCGCCAGCAGUCAGCGCACCGAGAUCAGGAGGAGAAAUCUUAUGCAAAAACAAAAAAAAGCUGAAACCCUAGGAUCGGCCGUGUCCGAUAGAAAAAAAAACAGAACUUUGUUUGUACAUAUUUCUUAGGUGAGAAACUGACUGACGGACGUGACGGGACGCCAUGGGACGCGACGUGACGCGACGUGACAUACCGAGACAUGACUCGCGCGCGCAGUUUAUAGUAAGGUCCGCGACCCCCCAGCACACACAGAAGUAACAACAGCCCUUGCAUGCAUGCAUGAUGAAACCAAUUGUAUAAAUUAUGAUAAUUUAAUUAUUUAAAAACGGUGAAAACAAAAGAAAGAAAGAAAAAAAUGGCAGAAAAAAAAAAACAACAGAUCAAAUGGAAAAUAAUAAUCGCUCUUAUGCAAAAGUUAAAAACAAAAA